AUGGUUGACAUGGCUCAUGAGCACGAGGCGGUGCAGGAUUUGUUGCUGCUGGAUGUUGCUCCGUUGUCGUUGGGUUUGGAGACGGCCGGUGGUGUGAUGACUGCAUUGAUCAAGCGGAACACGACUAUUCCGACGAAGCAGACCCAGACGUUCACCACUUAUUCGGACAACCAGCCUGGUGUGUUGAUUCAGGUGUACAAGGGUGAGCGUGCUAUGACACGUGACAAUAAUUUACUGGGCAAGUUCGAGUUGUCUGGUAUUCCGCCUGCUCCACGUGGUGUUCCCCAGAUCGAGGUGACGUUCGAUAUUGAUGCAAACGGCAUAUUGAACGUUUCUGUGGUGGACAAGAGCACUGGUAAACAGAACAUGAUCACCAUCACGAACGACAAGGGGCGUUUGUCGAUAGAUGACAUCGAGCGAAUGGUGCAGGAGGCUGAA